AUGACUUGCGCACGUUACUGGAUUCUUCUCGUGUUGGUUGUCGCCAUUGAUGCGGCGACAUCAGCUGAUGUUCCAGAUGUGCACUGUUGGUGUGCAAGUUACCCCAACGUCACCUUCUGCUCGUGGCCUGAGCCCGCUAAUGUAUCACCUCUGCGCUACAUUGCCUCCUACAGUGAGAGACGGCACCCAUCAAUCAGCAAACCGUGCCAUCUUACUCCACCCGUUUCCUCCUCUGCCUCAUCCUCUUCAGAGCAGCUGUGGCACUGUCACCUGCCCAACUUAAAGCUUCUGACCGAUUACGUCAUCAACGUGACAACACUGUGGUCAACAGGAAACAGUACCUCUCACCUCAAAAGCUUCAUGCUGGAAGACAUUGUGAAACCCGACCCCCCUGUGAACGUCAAGGUGUCCCCCCACCAUAACAGGAAGGUGUUGAUUGAGUGGUCGGCCCCACCGACGUGGUCUCACCUGGACAUGGCGCCACUCAAGUACCGGAUCAUGUACCAGUGGGAGCACAAGGGCCAAUCCAUGUCUGUCAGUCUGGGUCCGUUGGAGAGAACAAGCAUGGAGGUGAUGGGUCUGAGUCCAGGAAGGAAGUACAUGUUUCAGGUGUGUGCUCAGGACCUGCUGGGCCUGGGCCAGUGUAGUCUCUGGAGCUGGCCUGUCACAAUCACUUUACCCACAAACAAAAUGUCUUAA